AUACAUGUAUGUAGUUCGACUUUAUACUGGGUGUUAAUUACUACAAAAUUAGUCCAAAGAAUUUCUGGGAGCUUCAUUUUUCGAAAAUUUCGUCAUGAGAGCAGGUACGCAGGCCUACUCCCCCGUCUCUUCGGAUGAAUCUCUUCCUCUAGAACAAGAUCCGAAUUUAGGGGAGAAAAGAGGCCUUCGAAGGAUUUUUUCCUUUCAUAAGUUUGCGAGAUUAUGGAUGUUUGGGAGUUCUCUCCUCCGUUUCUGCACGUCUAUUCUCAUCCUAAUAUAUUCCUUCCGCCUGGAACCGAGCGACAUGCAGUGCGCUCGGAAAAUGGCUGCUCCUUGUAAGUUACGCAAAAAACAGAUUCUGAGAAAUACCACAUCUAAUUCCUAAAUUUCUAGCACCUUUGAUUAAAGACAUCGAUUAUGAAUGGAUUACAUUCGAGAACGACUUUUUCCAUAAGUCAGUUUACCGAGGUUCCCCAACUCCCGAACUAGAGAAAGCCUGGGAUGAGCUUUGGAAUUGUAAGUUUAUGUGGGAGUGAAUUGAAUUUUGUACUAAUUUCCACUAGAUGGAGCUUUUAACGUCCCGGAAGAAAUGCUUCCGGGACUCAACAAGUCAGCAACGGGACUUAGAAAAGUGCCAGAAGAGAAAGGAGGAGGGGUGGCCGGUCUAUUGGAAGGAUUCCAUCAAAUUCAUUGCUUGGUAGGAUUAGUUCCUUAUCUUAUUUCAAAAACCAUGGAACUAACUUCUUCGAUCUGAAUCUUAUCAGGCAGUAUACGUAUCGAGAUCAGUAUGAUUACAGCCACUUGCAGUCAUUUGAUGGCAGCGACGCUCUUAUUCGAAAGCAUGUGGACCAUUGUAUCGAGACAUUGCGUAAAAACCUGAUGUGCACUGCAGAUUUGACACCGUAUCUGAUCAAGCUGGAUCCAAAAAGAUUGACAGGAGAAGAUCCUGAUUUUAACACAUUGCAUAAAUGCCGAAGAUGGGACCAGGUCGUAGCGUGGGCCAAGAGCCAUGAAGUUUUUAGAGGCCUGGAUCCAAAGUCAGCACAUGCAGGACAUCACUGAUGUUUGCAGUGCGAUACAGUAGCCACUUUACACUGUUCUAUAGAAGCGUUGAUGCAUUCAUGAACAUUUGAGUAACCCAAGUUUUGCAGAAGCUCAAUUCUGUGGAAUCGGAGUCAGAUUGGUCAAAAGUGGUCAAGGCGGCAUUAAUAAUCAUGGCUUCAUAUAUAUAGUG